AUGGAGGAGCAACCUGAUGUUGAUAGAUCGGGUUUUGAAAAAACCAAAUCUAGAAACACCAGUUUGGGGGCUGCGGAGGCUGAUGGAUGGCAGGAUAUUGAUAUUGAUUCUCACUACAAAAAUUAUAGUACAUCUACGAGAAAGUCUCUUGAAGCUUGGUCUGGUUCACAACUUGAUUUGGGUCUGGUGGAGGCGACAAUUGAAUAUAUAUGUCGCCAUGAAGGUGAUGGAGCUAUUCUUGUAUUCCUUACAGGUUGGGAUGACAUUUCUAAGCUACUUGACAAAGUUAAAGGAAACAACUUCCUUGGCAAUCCCAGCAAGUUUCUGGUCCUUCCCCUACAUGGUUCAAUGCCCACCAUCAAUCAACGUGAGAUAUUUGAUCGUCCUCCCCCUAACAAGAGGAAAAUUGUGCUGGCAACAAAUAUUGCAGAGAGUAGUAUCACUAUAGAUGAUGUUGUGUAUGUCAUAGACAGUGGAAAGGCAAAGGAAACUAGUUAUGAUGCCCUGAACAAACUGGCUUGUCUAUUACCAUCGUGGAUUUCUAAGGCUUCCGCACAUCAGAGACGAGGUCGUGCUGGCCGUGUGCAACCUGGAAUUUGUUAUAGACUAUAUCCAAAAAUGAUCCACGAUGCAAUGCUUCAGUAUCAGUUACCUGAGAUUCUCAGAACACCUUUGCAAGAGCUAUGCCUGAAUAUCAAAAGUUUGCAGCUUGGAACUAUUGGAUCAUUUUUGGCCAAAGCACUUCAACCCCCAGAUUCUCUUGCCGUUCAAAAUGCAAUUGAACUUCUUAAAACAAUUGGAGCUUUAGAUGAUAUGGAGGAGCUUACUCCCCUUGGUCGCCAUCUUUGCACUCUACCAUUGGACCCAAAUAUUGGGAAGAUGCUUCUUAUGGGGUCUAUCUUUCAAUGCCUCAAUCCUGCCUUAACAAUUGCCACAGCCCUUGCACAUCGUGACCCUUUUGUCCUACCAAUAAGUAGGAAAGAGGAAGCUGAUGCAGCAAAAAGAUCCUUUGCUGGUGAUUCUUGCAGUGACCACAUAGCACUUCUCAAAGCCUUUGAAGGAUGGAAGGAUGCAAAACGAAAUGGAAGGGAAAGAGCAUUCUGUUGGGAUAGCUUUUUGUCCCCAGUAACCUUGCAGUUGAUGGACGAUAUGAGAAUGCAAUUUCUAGAUCUAUUAUCAGACAUUGGCUUUGUAGACAAAUCAAGGGGUGCUAAUGCGUACAACCAAUACAGCCAUGAUUUGGAGAUGGUCUGUGCAAUCCUUUGUGCUGGACUCUACCCAAAUGUUGUGCAGUGCAAAAGAAGUGGAAAGCGAACACAAUUCUACACUAAAGAGGUUGGGAAAGUUGACAUCCAUCCUGCUUCUGUCAAUGCAGGGGUUCAUCUCUUCCCUCUGCCGUACAUGGUUUACAGUGAAAAGGUGAAAACAACUGGCAUCUACGUCCGAGACUCUACAAAUAUAUCAGACUACGCUCUACUUCUAUUUGGUGGUAAUCUCAUCCCUAGCAAAUCCGGGGAGGGCAUUGAGAUGCUUGGUGGUUACCUUCAUUUCUCUGCAUCAAAGAGCGUUUUAGAGCUAAUACGGAAAUUGCGUGGGGAACUUGAUAGGCUUCUAAAUAGGAAGAUUGAGGAACCGGGGUUGGACAUUUCUGUGGAGGGAAAAGGAGUGGUUGCUGCUGUGGUUGAGUUAUUGCACAAUCAUGAUGCACGUUACUAAUGUCUCUACUUUUUUCCAAAUUAACACAGUUAAGCAGCAGUCCUGCUGCCAUUCCUUUCUUCUUCUUUUUCCUUCCUAGUAAGCAACAUGAGAACCAUUGAAUUCUGCCACUAACAUUUUUGGGCAUUAGGAUGCAUGUAAUUUAGUUGGGUGGCUAUAAUAUUAAUUUUAUGAUUUUUUAUGUAGGAAAAAAUAACAUGGAGGAUGUUUUAGCGAUCUCAGUUUGUAUUUAGCUAUAACAUCUAUAAGGGUUGAAAUU